AUAAACACGCCUACAUGUGAAAGCCGGAGAUGUUCCUCCUCCCUCGCCGACUUUCACAGCGAGAUUUCGGCGUAAAAUGAAGUUUUAUAAAUAACGACAACUUUGUCUAAUCGUAAACAAUCAACAUUAAACACGUUUCACUGCUAAUGGCAGCGGAAAUCGACCAUGACGAUCCAUUCCAGGAGAUUCUGCAUCAAAUCGGUGGGAAAAGUAACGUUCAUUUAGUCAGCGCUGCGAGCGGACCUGAUGGAGACACCGUCUUAAAGGACUUCAUCGCUGAUAUGUUUAACAAUGGAGAAAUCAGCGCGGCUAACACUAACGGCGAAAUAAAAACCCAAACAAACAUGUGCAAUCCUGAAGGGUGUGUUCAAAGUUCGCCCAAAUCCGCAGAGAAACCGUUAAACCGUAAAAUCGUCAGCAGAAACACCGGCGGACAGAAGAGAGCCAUGACGUGCUCGCUCGUCAUAUUCAUCUUCACGCAGGAUUAUGUGUGUGAUAAAACUAAUCAAGUGUGUUUGCGGGAGAUCCUGAAGGACGUGCGGGGUCGGCUGAGGAGAAACGCGCUCCCGCCGGCUCUUCUGGGACUCGUUCAUUCGUCCCGUAAUCGACCGGACAGUCGCGAUUCGCUGUUGAUUUUGGAUCGAUCAAUGCGAUCGGUGUUUAUCGGACACCCGCAGCAGGCCAUAUGGAGCGGUCGCUACGUCAGCAAGAGCCCGGAUUUGUUGCAGGAGAUCCGACUAAACGCCUGCAGGGCUGUCAGGAGCUCAAUGUCUGCAGAGAGCGGUGUUGGCAGUAAAAGCAGUUUGUUUUGGCCCCUGAAGUGUUUACCAGGAAUAUUCAGGAAGGGACACAGAGGACAGGCAGACUUCAACACUAAUAAUCAGCAACAAGCCAAUCCGAAUCCGGCUGAAGAAGCGAUUCCCUUGCAGAUGCGAGCUGUGGCUCACUGACGCCAGGUUAUCUUCACCACAACAAAAACAGCACAAUGGAGGAAAAACAAGCCUCAGAGAGUGUGUCUGUGUGCCACACAGGUCAUUUACUCCUGCACUACGGCUAGAGGAUUCAGACAAUGGAGAAAUGAAGACCGUGAAAAUCUGCUGCUGCUGCAUUAUUUAUGAUACAUUCAUAUAAUAUCUCAGACGUAGAGAAGUUAUUAGGGUUAAUUAAUCUAAUGUGACCACUGCUGAACACUGUGACUGACUGAAAUGUAGUAAUUGCUGUUAUUUUAAAUAAAAACACUGUUGAUUUGACUGAA